AUGACGAACCCAUCUCAGCUCUUUCUCCUCGUGGACCACAUCAAACUCUCUCUUCUAGAGCGACAACGCGCUAUCUCUCUAGAUCUUGAACCCAACGCCCAAGAUGGCGAGAUCUCUCGCUCCCUCGAGUCCCUUCAAGAAGGCAUCCAAGCCGUCCAGGCCGAACAGGCCCGACUAGCGGACUCGCAUGACAGCACCGGAGCCGCCGCACUCAAGGACCAACUGGUCCCCCUUCACGAACAAUAUCGCGAUCUCGCAUCACAAUUCUACGGCGAAUCGGCGCAGGCGUCGAACUCCGCAACUCCUGAUCUUAAACAACCCGUCCCUCAACAUCCGCCCUCCAAAUCCGUGCGGUUCAUGGAUAAUUCUGCCGCGGCAGCUGCGGUUCAGGAAGAGAUCGAUGUGGAGAAUGAUCGCAAUCGCGAGAAUCUCUUCCGACCAUAUCGUGAUCAGCCCUCACCGCCAGGCCCCGAUCAGUCGAAUAUGGACAAUGAACAAAUCUACUUGCAUCAUGAUCGAGUCAUGCGUGAUCAGGACGAUCAGCUUGAUCGCCUGGGAGAGUCGAUCGGAAGACAGCACCAACUGAGUAUCCAGAUAGGUGAUGAGCUUGAUGGUCAUGUCGCACUGUUGGAUGGGAUGGAUGGCGAUGUCGAACGCCAUCAGGGCCGAUUGAAUACUGCGCGCCGGCGGCUGGACCGGUUCCGGCGCAAGGCGGGUGAGAAUUGGAGCAUGAUGACUAUUAUCGGAUUGAUCAUUAUCCUUGUUAUCUUGAUUGUCAUAUUGAAAUAG